AUGGAAUGCCCUCCAUACGGGAAAAAUGAUCCAUUCCAGAUUUUGGAGGCAGACUUGAACGACGUGACAGAAGUAAUCCGUGGCAAUCAUAUGUGGAAUACCUGGGAACAGGGCGACCAGCAAUGGGUCCAGACUUCAGGGAGCACGCAAGUUAAUGAUCCCUAUUGGGUAGCCCCACCUGAGGGCUUUCGACAACUCACACCCCCUGGUGUCUACUAUGAAGAGCAAAAAACGAAAGAAAUCGGCUCUAUCGUUUCUUUGCUACAAUCCGAUUCCCCGCCAAGAAAACCGCACGAGAAUCCGGGUCCCAGCUAUUUUAGCCCGCCUCAUUUUCAGGGUGACCCAAUGUGGAGCUGUACCCAACAGCCAACCUACAGUUAUAGGCAAGCUACCACUCUCUCGGAUCAAUCCAGUAAUUUUAGUGAUACAACCGGUGUCGGCAGCUUGUUGCCCGAGCUUGUCGGCGCGUCAAGCCCGAUGGAGCCGACAUUUGUUGAGCUUGGCACUACGUCACAGUACGGCUUGGCUCAUCAUCUGUCCAUGCCCGCCAUGCAGCCCGAAUCUCCGCUUACCAUCGAGCCAUUAAGUCUGGCGAGUCCGGUGAAAACACAGAUGGACAGCCCCCGACUUGAAGAACUCUUGGAACGAAAUAUGGCACCCAGCCCGCCGCAAUUCUUUGGCGAAAUCAAGCACGAGAUCCCGUCACCAAAGCUCCCCAAAAAUGAUCGCGAGUUCGUGAUGCCGGAGCAAGAAAACUCAAAAAAGCUGCUCGUCACUCUGCUGGAGACCAACAACAUUCGCACCCUUGAUUCAGCGCCCGAAUCCCCUUGUGAGACUAAACCCAGACCAUCGGGAGUCGCACUCCGCGUGGCAUCUGUUAGGGAGCCAAAGCCAACGACUUCUGCUGCUCCCUACAGUGCUGCUCAAAGUUUUGACGAUGAGGAGGAUGAGGAGGAUGAUCAGAUGGAUGAUGAUGGAGGUCCACCUGCAAAGAAAGGGCCGAAAACUGAGCGCAGAACAGCUCAUAAUCUCAUCGAAAAGAAGUAUCGAUGCUCUAUUAACGACCGUAUACACCAGAUGAAGCUUAUGCUCGCUGGAGAUGAUGCCAAGCUAAGCAAAUCGGCAACAUUACGACGUGGUAUCGAAUAUAUCGAGGAACAAAACAGCACUAUACGUGAGCUGCGUCACGAGAUCUAUUUUCUAAGAGCUGUUUUGCAUAAGAAUAAAAUCCAGCCACCCCCACUACCACCCCUCGAAAUUGGCCCCGAUUCCCCAUUGUCAGUUAUCGCUCCAAGAUCACCACCUAGCGGGCAGACAUCGCCGGCAACGUCUCCGAGGGGUAAAAGGAGAGCUCGUGACGAGACCCGGCUCGGCCUUUUUGCUGUUAUGAUGGCUGUGAUGUUUUUGAAUCCGUUGUCACUUUUAACUUUUUCGAGUGCCGCCGCUGUUGAGCCAGGCGAAACUCUAUAUGAGCCUGAUCAUCAUUCUCGUGUAUUACGUUCUGCCGAUCCGGUAAAACCGGUGCAGUCAACUGAAGAGUGGUAUACCAAUGACGCCUUCCGCUUUUGCUUUACGUGGAUUCUCAAUCUAGUCGUUGUCGUUUUCUUAUUAAGUCGAUUAUUUAUUUACGGUGAACCUGUUAUUGACCUACAAUCGCAGACCUGGACCGAUUUUACGAACGUCAGAAACAAGGCUAGGGAUAGCUUACAGAGAGGAUUGUUGAAAGAAGCGCAUCGGAAUUUGGUUGAAGCAUUGACGAUUCUCGAGCGUCCAUUACCAUCAGCUGGGAUUGAGACAAUGUUUUCUAUAACUUGGCAGAUUAUUCGACAUCUCCUAAAUUCAAUGUGGAUCGGUCGAUGGCUAGCCAGACGUGGUAGAAAUGCUGAAACACCCCAGCCAGUGGUCUGCCGAAAUCAUGCUCAUGCCGCCCUCGUCUACCAUAAGCUCCAUCAACUAUACCUACUGUCGCCUGAAACAUUCCCUUCCCGGUUUUGUUCUCUGCAUCUGUCACUAUCUGCCGUUAACCUCGCUGAAAGUGCCGGUCCAGGGGCAAGUGGACUGCCGAGGGCCGCGCUUGCUUCAAUUUAUCUUGGGGCUGCUUUGAGUACUCGGUUAAUUCUUCCUCAAUAUCUCGGUUCGAUGGCUGCAAUCUAUUUUAUCAAGCGUGCUAAAAGACAUCUACGACGAGCGGAUCCGCAUACUGUAUCCGGCUUAAUGUGGACGGUCCAUCCAACUGCCAGACGCUUCCUGAGCAGCCCGGCAAAAGUUGUGGAAAUUCUCACGGCUCGCGACACGGAUACCCAUCCAUUUUCUAUGCCAACCGACCAAGGCAGUGCCCUGGAUCGCCUUCGCGAUGCGUUCAAGGCCCACCUCCUUCGGAUGCUCCUCGGGGAGCUGCAGUCGGAUUGCCCGUCGAAGAUUGAUGUGGCCGAUAUCUCUCAAUUGUUGCUUUCCCUCAGCACCGAACCCCCGAAAACGGCCGAGAUCGACAAGAUGCUCUACGACCCGUUCCUCAAAUCCGUGACGACGGGCGACCCGGUCUGUUUAUGGUGGACCCACGUCCUCUCAUGUGCCCUCUACUGGCGUGCCGGUGAAGUGAAAAAAGCCAAGACCCACUACACCCUCAUUCGACAAUGCCCGGAGGAGCUUCUUUCAAACGAUUUGGCGCUAGCUGUCGGGCAUGCUUUUUGCAGUCAGAAGCUCUGUAUUGACGAUCGGGAGAAUAAAAAUUUUGCACCUCUCGUAGCCGUACACGCUAGGAAAAGCUUGGAAUCGUUGGCGGUCGUUUUGGCAAGGCCGGUUGGAGCGAAUGUUAGGAAUAUUCAGGAUGGACUCCGCGAACUGUCCUACGAAUGGAUCCUCACGUCAGUCCUCGAUGGCUGGAGAAGCUGUCUCGAAAUCCGCAAGCCAUACUGGGCCAGCAAACAAAAUAAGGAAUUCAGAACGCUAUACCAAGAAGCCUUCAACCAUUACGCGUUCAUCGUCUCACAAACCCGUCCAAAGGAGAUAAAGGUGUCAAUCUACGGGCUGACAUGUCGCAUGCUAAAUGGGGCCAAUCCGGUUGGGACCUAUACCGCGCUGCAGAGGUUGCGACGUGAAAUGCUGAAUAGGGAGGCGACGAGGGCCCCAUUCCGUCGUGAAGAUGCUCCAGACCGAUACCAUAUACAUGUCCUCACAAAACUACAUGCCGAAAUCCCGUUGACCCAAAAGAAA